GGUUUUAGCUUCCUCUUCCUGAGGUCGGUGCGUGCGCUGCUUGAUUUGCUCGCCAGUCCGAAGUUUUUUUUGGUGUGUUGCUGAGAGCUGCUGUAGGGAUGAUGAUGAUGGCGGAGCUGGUACAGGGACAGGCCUCGGUGGCUCAGCCUGGAACGAAAGCAGAUGGCUUCGCCGACGCCUUACACCGGGCCCGACAGAUUGCAGCUAAGAUGGGAGGUGACCAGAUGCCCCACAUGAACAACUCCUCUCCAGUCCUAGACCCCUCUCUCUACGGCUACGGAGGCCAAAAGCGCUCGAUGGAUGAUGGAGUAGGUAACCAGCUAGGUGGAAUGGUACAUCAAAGGGCUAUUAUGACGGAAGACUUCAAAGUGCCUGAUAAGAUGGUUGGAUUCAUCAUUGGAAGAGGAGGAGAGCAGAUCACGAGAAUUCAGUUAGAGUCAGGCUGCAAGAUCCAGAUUGCUGCAGAGAGCGGAGGCAUGAUGGACAGGCCCUGCACUCUAACUGGAAGCCCAGAGAACAUUGAGCAGGCCAAGAGGCUGCUGAGCCAGAUCGUGGACCGGUGUCGAAACGGCCCAGGCUUCCACAGUGAGAUGGACGGCAACAGCGCCAUCCAGGAGAUCCUAAUCCCUGCCAGCAAAGUGGGCCUGGUCAUCGGCAAGGGAGGGGACACCAUCAAACAACUGCAGGAGAGAACUGGUGUGAAGAUGAUCAUGAUCCAGGAUGGCCCUAUGCCCACUGGAGCAGACAAACCCCUGAGAAUCACUGGGGACCCCUACAAAGUACAGCAAGCACGGGAGCUGGUGGUAGAGAUAAUCCGGGACAAGGACCAGGGAGACUUCCGGGCCAACAGGGGAGACUUUGGAUCCAGACUGGGGGGAAGCAGUCUGGAUGUGGCAGUCCCCAGGUUUGCUGUGGGCAUCGUCAUUGGCAGGAACGGAGAGAUGAUCAAGAAGAUCCAGAAUGACUCUGGGGUCAGGAUCCAGUUCAAACCAGACGAUGGCAUCAGCCCUGACCGGAUUGCCCAGGUGAUGGGCCAGCCUGAUCGCUGCCAGCAUGCUGUUCACCUCAUCAACGAGCUGGUCCACACGGCACAGGAUCGGGAUGGCUUUGGGGGUCCCGUGGGCCCCAGAGGCCGGGGCAGAGGCCGUGGGGACUGGAGCAUGGGUGCACCCGGUGGACUGCAGGAAGUGACAUACACGAUACCCGCCGACAAGUGUGGCCUGGUGAUUGGGAAAGGUGGCGAAACCAUCAAGAACAUCAACCAGCAGUCUGGAGCGCACGUGGAGCUGCAGAGAAACCCACCGCCCAACACCGACCCCAACGUGCGCAUUUUCUCCAUCCGCGGCACAUCCCAACAGAUGGAAAUGGCCCGCCAGCUGAUCGAUGAGAAGAUUGGGGCCUCAGGAAUGGGGGGAAACAGCAGUUUUGGUCUGAACCCCUUUGGUCAAGGACCAGCUACCCCUCACCAGAAUGGACCCCAGACAUUCAUGACAGGUGGAUGGGGCACAACAUAUCAGACAUGGCAGCCUCAGGGCCAGCAGGACCCCAGUCUCAAUGGAUCCCAGACCGACCAGACGGACUAUUCCAAAGCAUGGGAGCAGUAUUAUAAAAAGCUAGGUCAGCAGAGCCAAGCCCAGAGCAGUGGCCCUGACUACAGCAAAGCAUGGGAGGAAUACUACAAGAAACAGAACCAGGCAGCAGGCCCUGGCUCCCAGCAGAGCUCCCCUCCGGAUUACAGUGCUGCCUGGGUGGAGUAUUACAGACAACAGGGGGCCUACUAUGGCCAAGGUGCACAGCAGACACAGGCCCCAGGCCUUCAGGUGAGAACCCAUCCAAACGCUCAGCACCAUCUCCACCCCACAACCCCCUGAGGUCUGUUGUUUACCACGGAAGUCCUUUAGGAGGAAUGUUGAAUGGUUUAAAGCAGGGUUCCCCAACUGGCAGCCCGCGGUGGUUUUAUGUGUGCCUACCCCCCCGGACAUUAAAGACUGUAAUAACACCAGGAAAUCAGCUCCAAGUGAUUUUAUUUUUUGGAAAUCUGUACCUAAUUAUCUCCACGCAUUACGGAGAUAUGAUGUCAGCAAGGUUUGAAAAUUCGUUUUUAAUUGUUUUAGUCAAAUAUUAAAUAUGUUUGGGCUUCUUGUGGUUAAUUUGCAGUCUAAAAAUUAUUUGUAAUUAUGUCUCGUCCCCCCGACCAUCCGUUCAAGAGAAUCUGCCUGCAGCUGAAUGUAGUUGAUGAUCCCUGGUUUAAAGGCGAGGUUUAAUUCAAGUAUGGAGGUUUGAAAGUACAUCUGAUAAAAGUUCCAUGUAAAUCCAUUCUGGCAUCUAUUAGGUUGAGUUUAACUAUUGUAAGGUUAUGUAAUGCAACUUGCACAUGUAAAUCUAUGUAAAACGUAUUACUGUGCUUGGUCAUUGACGUGAACCUGUGUUUUGCAGGAUCAUUAGAGAGGACGCCCUUUAGUUGAAGAUUUUUGAAUCAUUGAGGAUGAAAACAAACCUUUUGUAACAGGUUUCUAGAUUUGCAACGCCUUGAAGACUUACUUUUUUCUUAGUGAGAAACACUAGCUGUAGACUGACUUAUACAAUAAAAAAAGAAGAAUAUUUCUAAAUCAGGAACAUUUAAUUGUUACUAAAUACUUGUGUACACCAUUAUUUUGAAUGGACAAUUCCUGGGAUCCCUUUUGGACUAAUGCGAGAGCUGUUUUGUUUUCUAUUUUUUCCUUUUUGAUUCAAAUGACAUCGCCAAAACGAACCCCGGAGUUGUAACAUUUUAGUAAAUGCAAUAUAAUCUAUUUUUUCUAGUUCUGUUGCAAUAAAAUCGUAAUUAUGGGCUUAGCAUUCUUGAAUACAUUUUUAUUUUGUCAUAAGAUGUUUUAAGAAUGUGUGAAUGUUUUUUCCUUUUGCAUAAAGCAUUUUAAUUCAGUGAUGAAAAUUGUUUUGUUACAGGAACAUUAUUUUGUUACAUAAUACAAGGAGUGAUGUUGGCAAAUGGCAGUCAGUUCCUAAUUUAAUUCCUGUUGUGCUUUGUAUUUUUUUCAUUGUCAUUUUAUUGUACUCUGGUUUAAAAAAGUAGCAAUAUCUUAUUUCAUUUUUGAAACAAAGAUGGAUUCUCUAAUAUUUUGACAGACAUUUAACUUGUAGUUCAUUUUAGAUUUUUUUUAAGGCAUAUGAAAAUGUAAUGGGUACUUUUUUUAUUACAAUGAUCUGAUAUUGGAAAAGGGGGAUGUUGCAUAUUGUGAGGUUUUUGCCUUUGCUAUCUUGUAAAACUAUAUGUAUGCUCAGAUACUUGACUAAAGACUUUAUUUAAAAUAUAUAUAUAAUUAAAUCUAAGAAGUUUUUUUCAUGGAGUCAUUAUCGCAGGAAAACUGUCCCUGUUCUGUUUUCAUACUGAAAAUGUUCAAAGAUCGUGAAUGUGUAAUUUGAUGUUGCAUCUUGCUUAGGACAAAAAUGAGAAAUGCUAGGUUUUUAUGUAUGUUCUGUACCUAAAAUCAUUCAAGACUGCUAAGCCUCUGGAUUCUACCUGUGUAAUAAUUCAUUGUAGUUUUUUAUAUUCUAAGUAUUACGAUCAAAAUUGUCUUAUUUGGUACCACCCAGUUUCCCUAACGCCCCUCCAGUACACACUGGACUUGUGUACAGUCCAAUGCUAAACUUUUUAAUUAAUUAUUUUUUCUUUCUACUUUGUGUGAUCUCGUAUGUAUGUAUGAUUGAUUAGUUAGAAUUGAAUCUAGUAUUAACUUCAUUGCUUAAUGAAAAGGGAUAUUAUAAUUUGAAAAUGUUUCAUUUUAGUGUUUUUUUCCUUGUGUACAGGUAACUGUGUAUUAAAAACGUCAAGACUA